AUGGAUACCAAGUCAGAAGAUGAGCCCCCUGAGACCAAGGAGUCUGCUUUUAAUAAUGCUGAAAACGCCUCUUUCAUUUGGGGGACUGGGAAGAUUGUGACUCCGCAGAAGCAUGCCGCAGAAGUACCUUCCAGUCCUUGCCCAACAGAUGUUUUAAAAUCUCCUUUGAACUAUUCCACAGUCACUGUAGAGCAAUUGGGAAUUACAGCGGAAAGCUUUGUUAAGGACUCUUCAGGAAAGUCACCAUCCUACCUUAAAAAAUCCAGGCGACGUUCUUCCGUUGGUGCUCGGGGCUCUCCUGAAACAAACCAUCUGAUUCGUUUCAUCGCUAAGAGGAAAAGUUUAAAGAAUGCUAAGAAAUCUUCUUUGGCACAGGAUUCCCAUUCUCUGGGCAGCCCCGCACUGUAUCAAAAUGCUAACAUUUUAAGAGAGCGACUGUCUGCUUUCCAGUCAGCUUUUCAGUCCAUAAAGGAAAGUGAGAACAUGGCUGACUAUCAGGACUUCUCAGAAGCAGGAAGAGAGUUCACAAUGACAGAAUUGACCAAGAAGGAAGUUCUUAGUGAAUGUCAUCAGUCUGCAUUCCCUGCAAAGUUAUCCAAAUGUCCAAGAAUGUCCUCGCACAGCAACUAUGAUGAAAAUCUAACCGAUGCUGAAGGAAAAGUAAUUAAUCUCCAGAUAGUCAGUACUGAUACAGACAGCACACAUGCGGUUGAAAAUUCUGCCGAGCUAUCUGAGAAAUCGUCUGAACUUGGCUCAACCCUGUCUGUGUUUUUAGUUGAAGAGUCUGCUCCCCUUGCAGAGCUCACAGAGUCUUCAGAUGGACUCAAGGUUGCUGACUGUGUAGAAGGCAAAGGAUCAAGUGGUGCUGUCUCACCUAACACAUUCAGAACAGAAGUGGGCACAGGCACGGUCUCUGACGUCAGCUCACCAGCGACUCCGGUGUGCAGGAGUGACAUUCCAUCCUCUGAGACCCUGGUACUUCGCUCUGUUUUGAAGAAACCCUCUGUUAAGCCGUGUCUUGAGAGCUUACAGGAACACUGUAACAACCUCUGUGAUGAUGAGACUCAUCCAAGCUUAAUCUCAAAUCUUGCAAACAGUUGCAAAGAACAAAAAGCAGAAGAUCAAGAAAACUGUAAAACACCGGCCUUUCUAAAUAUGAAGAAGAGAAAGAGAGUUACUUUUGGAGAGGACCUAAGCCCUGAAGUGUUUGAUGAAUCUUUGCCAGCAAAUACUCCAUUACGUAAAGGAGGAACACCUGUGUGUAAAAAGGAUUUAAGCGGUAUCAGUUCCCCACUCCUUGAGCAGUCACCAGUUCUUGAGCCAUUACCUCAACCAAAUUUUGAUGACAAGGGGGAGAAUCUUGAAAACAUAGAACCACUUCAGGUAUCAUUUGCAGCUCUGAGUUCUCCUAAUAAAUCAUCAAUCUCUGAGACUUUCUCAGGCACUGAUACCUUUAGUUCUUCAAACAACCAUGAGAAAAUGUCCUCUCAUAAAGUUGGUAGAGUAACACGGACUUCCACCAGAAGAAAUCAACUGGCCAGUUUUACAGAAGAGAGUGUUUGCAACUUACUUAAUACACAAGAAGCUCAGCCUUGUAAAGAAAAGAAAAUCAAUAGGAAAAAAUCUCAAGAAACCAAGUGCACAAAGAGAGCACUUCCUAAAAAGAAUCAGGUUUUAAAAAGUUGCAGAAAUAAGAAAGGAAAGAGAAAGAAAAGCGUUGAGAAAUCUUUAUAUGGAGAAAGAGACAUUGCUUCUAAGAAGCCCCUGCUAAGUCCUAUUCCUGAGCUGCCUGAGGUCUCUGAGAUGACACCUUCAGUUCCAAGCAUCCGAAGGAUGUGUUCAGAUGAUUUCAGCUCAAAUGGCAAACUUGAAGAAAUGAAGACUCCUAAAAAUCCUAUUAAGAGAAAGAAUCUUUUUCCUCAGAACCCAGCAAAUGUGCAUAUGAAUCAAGGCUUUAAUAAAUAUGUGUCUGAAUUCUGCCACUCUUACAUAAAAAGUUCCUUAUCACUUGGUAAAGCAGCUUCUGCUAAAGAUCCAAAUACAAAUAUGGUGGGCAUGCAUGAAAAUGAAAAUACUCCUUUAAAAGCAGAAAUUAAGUCAGAAAGUGAAAAUGAACCUAAAACCGAGACUGACAGUGCUUCUGUGAUUGAAGAACACAUUGUGUCAGAUCAUCCAAAAUCUGAAUUGAUCCUGCAGGGUCAAGAAUUAUCUCCUGGCGGUCAAAAUGCAGACAAUCUUUGUGAAAUCUUUACAAUUUCAAGUGCUGUAAACAGAAAGAGUAAAAAACAAGAUGACUUCUUCGUAGCUGCAGAGGGAAAACUGCAGUGCAACCUUUUAAUAAUGUCUGACGCUCAAAAGGAAUGUAAUAGUUCAGAAGAUGUCUUCAUGGAAAAUAUAAAAGAAUCUAAAUGCCAAAGUGAGGAUUUGGGAAGAAAAUCUGCAGAAAGUAGCAAUGUUAUGAGUUGCAGAGAAAAGAAACGUAGAAGACGCUCUAUGUGUUAUUCUGAUGAUCAACGUUUACAUUUGGAAGAAAAUGGAGAUCACAAACCUUCCUACAGUGUGGGCAGCUCUGUAGAAAUUAACUUAGAAAAUUCCGAACUGCAUAAAGAUUUAUCUGAUGCCAUAGAGCAAACUUUUCAGAGAACAAAUAGUGAAACCAAAGUGCGACGUAGCACCAGGCUACAGAAAGAUUUGGAGAACAAUGGUCUUGUAUGGAUUUCGCUUCCAUUUCCUUCCACUUACCAAAAAACCAAAAGGAGAACAAUAUGUACAUCUGACAGCAGAGGAUUUGAAAGUAUGUCUCCUAGAAAUGAAACUGUGCCCUCCACACAAAGACUGGGUAUGGUGCCUCCCGUCUCAGGUAGAGAAAACAACCAGAGCCUGGCUGCUGAUUCUUCUAAUGUACCUGGUAGGAGGAGGGAGAGCUUUUGUGUUUCUACACUUGCAAAUGCUAAAACUACUACCCAGUCCAAACACUACAGAAGAAGAUCCUUUCUCAAGGAGAAGGGAGGAAGCUCUCUAACUGGCUUGGAAAGGAAUGGACAUAGCUGA